AUGGCCGCUUUGGAUAGUGGCUCUUCGACGGCACCUGAAAUUGACGGGUCUGGAGUGAUCUCCUCCGUCGGAUUAACAGCGGCGAUGCCGUCCGGAGAUGUUGAGCGCACCACCAUCAAGAAGGUGCAUAUGUUUACCGAAGCUGUGGUAAUCCGGCCAGAUCAUGGUGAACAACAAGAAUACAUGGACAAAAAGAUUGAGACAGGACCUAGACUAGAAAGGAAACAUCAAGGUGCAAAACCACAACAACAAAGGCAAGAGGACAACAAAGCCGAUGUCUACUGGAAGGCUCAGAGCUGGAAUCCAAGCCAAAACACUUGA